CAGCAUUGCGAAUCCAGAAUGCAGAAUUUUAUCACAAACAUCAAAUCAACCGCAGGAUUUCUCAAUCAAGUAAAUAAGCUGAGUUAUAUUCACAACAUUGGAAAAUUCCCACUGGUUUAUCGCAACAUUGGACAAGAGUUGGGCCGAGUGGCGAGUGAAUUUGGUGAUCGUGAGGCAUUUGUGGCGGUGGAAGAGCAGAAGCGACUCACUUACGAUCAACUGAGAUGUGAGGCGGAUCGCCUGGCGGCGGGCUUUCUCAGUCUGGGCCUAAAGCAGGGUGAUCGCCUAGGCCUCUGGGCGCCAAAUGUCAUUGCAUGGCCUGUCGUGUUCUUUGCUGCCGCCCGGGCAGGAUUGAUCCUCGUCGCUCUCAAUCCAGCCUACGAACCGCCAGAAAUGGAGUAUUGCCUGCAGAAGGUCAGCGUCAAGGCUCUGGUGACCACUGAAAGCUUCCGCAACAAGCCGUACUACGACUCACUGCAGAAGAUCAUCCCGGAAUUGCAAGCGUCAAGUCCGGGAAGAGUGUCUUGUGAGAGAAUUCCGUCACUAUCGCACAUAAUAAUGGACACACAGAAAGAUCUCGAUGGUGUGUUUCGUCUUUGCGAUGUAUCUGCUAUGCCAACAGGCGAUCAAGUUCAAGAAAUACCACAACUCCAGAGCACCAUAAAUCCAGACAGUGGAUGCAAUAUUCAGUUCACAUCUGGUACAACUGGGAAGCCCAAAGCUGCUCUUCUGCGGCACUCGAGCUUCGUCAACAACGGCAUGCACAUUGGAGAUCAUCUGGAGCUGCAGGAGCGCAGAAUAUGCAUGCAAGUGCCUUUCUUCCACGUUUACGGUGUCGUAAUCACCACCAUGGCGAGCCUAUCUCAUCGCGCCACAAUCGUCCUGCCCUCAAUCACCUACAAUCCUGAGAAAUCCCUGCACGCCAUUCAGCAAGAGAAGUGCUCAGUGAUCAAUGGCACGCCGACGAUGCAUGUGGACUUGGUGAGGAAGCAAAAGGAGCUGCAGCUGGAUCUGGAAGCUGAGAUUGCUGUGAGUGGCGGAGCUCUCUGUCCUCCGCAACUCUUGAGGGACAUGAAGAGCGAAUUGGGACUGAAGAAAGUGAAGAGUGUCUAUGGAUUGACAGAGAAUUCGUCUGUGAGCUUCAGUUCUCUGCCAGGUGACGAUGAAGACAAGGUCCUGAGCACUGUAGGUCACAUGCUAGACCACACUGAGGCCAAGGUUGUUGACUCUGAGGGACACUUGGUGCCUUUUGGCGCUCCUGGUGAACUCUGCGUUCGUGGCUACUACACAAUGCUCGGCUAUUGGGAGGACGAAGCAAAGACCAAGGAAGUCCUGAGCUCUGAUGGUUGGCUAAAGACAGGAGAUCAGUUCGUCCUGCACGAGGAUGGAUAUGGCAAAGUUGUGGGCAGACUGAAGGAUAUGAUAAUUCGCGGUGGUGAAAAUAUUUUCCCUAAAGAAGUUGAGGAUAUUCUGGUCACCAAUCCUAAGAUUGCUGAAGCCUACGUCGUCGGUGUUCCCGAUGAGCGUCUAGGCGAGGAACUCUGCGCCUUCAUUCGCCUUCAAGCAGGCCUUGACGAUUGUCCAUCUGAGGAAAUCCGCGAAUUUUGCCGUGGAAAGAUUUCAUACUUCAAAAUACCGCGCUAUUUUAGAAUCGUCACUGAAUUUCCAAAAACUCUGUCUGGGAAAAUUCAGAAAUUCAAACUACAGGAGCAGUUUAGGAAUGAAGGCAAAAUAAACAGCUAAGCCGCCACUUAACUCU